AUGCUAAACAAGUUUGGAAGUGACGUUUGGGAAAAGAAAAUAGCUUUCUAUUUGGACGGAGUUAGUUUUACACACAAAACGAAUCCGGCACAUGAGGCCAAGGCACCCAAAGGGCACAUCUGGAGAAGAGCGAAUGAAGGCCUAAAUAGAGGGUGUACAGCAAAGGGCAGCCAAGAAGGAUCUGGUGGAAGGCUUGUCAAAAUGAUGGUUGCAAUAAGCCACGAAACAGGUGUUGUCCUCUGUGACCAAUAUGAUAAGCUAGACGGAACGUAUUUUAAAAAUCUGGUGUUGAGGAAAUUUAGGAAAAUGUUUAGAAACGCAAAGAAGGGUCGAUCACGUCUUUGGUUGCAAGAUGGGGAUCCAAGUCAAAAUAGUGCAGCAGCGAAAAUGGCAAUGAAAUCAGUAGGAGCAAAAUUACUUGCAAUACCUCCACAUAGCCCUGAUAUAAACCCUAUCGAGAAUUUAUUCCACCUCAUAAAAUGGCAACUGAACGACAACGCAAUCUAA